AUGCCGUUAAUCACGUUCACGGGAUUGCCCUGCUCAGGAAAAACCAAAUGGGCCAAAGAGCUUAUAAGUGAGCUUGAAAAGAGAGUCCAGGCUGCUCAAGAAUCUAAAGGGCCAGGACACAACUACAAAGUGGUUUACCAUUCAGAUGAGACUCUUGGCUUAAGCCACGAUUCAUAUAGAGAGUCUGUCACUGAGAAGAGUUCCCGUGGUGCUCAGAUGUCGGCCGUAAAGAGAGAUUUGUCAAGAACAUCUUUUGUGAUUCUUGAUUCUCUUUCCUACAUCAAGGGAUUCAGAUACCAGCUCUUCUGUGAGGCAAAGGGUGUUGUUACUCCACAUUGUGUAAUCCAUGUGGUGAGUUCUUUGGAGAAAUGUAUGGAAAGAAAUGAGCAAAAUGGAAGCCAGUGGGAUCCAGAGCUUAUCAAACAGCUCCAAAUGAGAUAUGAAGAGCCUAAGGAAGAUGCUAGAUGGGACUCGCCAUUGUUCACCUUGGUAUCUGACUUUGAUGAUGAGAAGCUCCCUGUUGAUGAGAUCUGGGAUGCACUUGUGCUCAAGAGGGCUCCUCCUCCUAAUGCUGCAACCCUUGUCAAACCCACAUCCAACAAUGACUAUUUGCAACAGUUAGACAAGGUCACUCAAGAAGUCAUAACUAAGAUACUUCAGCAUCAGCAGCUUCUUGGUGGUGGCCAAGUUCGUGUAUCAGAUGGGUUGACAAUUGACUUGCCUGUGAAUACGGUCAGUACACCACAGCUCCAAAGAAUAAGAAGGACCUUCAUCUCGCUAAAUAAGAUGCGCCAUAUCGACUCAGACAGAAUCUCAACAGUAUUUGUGGACUACGUCAAUGCUAGCUUCAACAAUGAAGACUAG